AUGGGUCUAGCACCUAGCCCCCUCUGGGAGUUCUUUCACAAAUUGUCUGAGUUUUAUGGGAAUAAUAAGACACACUAUGCUGCUAUAUGCAAAGGGUGUAUCGAAUCACACAUCACAGUGCUUGAAAAUGAAGACACGGAAAAAUUGAUGUCGGGUGCUAUAUCCGAGAGAUGUGGUGAGGUGGAACUCAGGGCAGCUGCAAGCGAACUCCCUCCCAAAAUCCAAGGAUCUACUGCGAGGCUUGCACAACACCUAACAGUAUGCACACAUGCUUCUGCUGAAGGCCGUGAGGCCGGAAUGGCCUGGAAACGUGCACGAGAGAAGCAGCCUUCACCCCUCCCUUGGCUAUCUAUCAGCACUGAAAAUCCGUCAACUAUCCACACCUCUCCAUCUCCAUCUCCGACCCCUCUGCUACUUGUCCCUCCCACAGACAACAUUCCAACUCGCUGGAGAAGCUUCUCACAAAUUCCACCUCACCCCCUAGAUCUAGAUCAGGCUGUACUUGACAACAAUUGCUUCGCGCAAUUGUGUCAGCUGGGUGGUCUUUUCUCUCAGUUGAUGAUCCAGAGGUCAUCAAGCUGUUCUCUCUAG